AUGUUGAUAAUUGUCGGCGUAAACAGACGAGUCGGCGAGUGUCGGCGAGUUUUGACAAGGUUUAUUGGUGUGUGUGUUGUCGUAGCGUGCAGUGUGCAGCGUGCAGCGUGUAGAGUGCAGCGUGCAGCGUGCAGCGUGCAGCAGGCGGAAGGCCGCGGGCCGGUGGGUCGUCGACUCUGUGCGGCCGCGGUCCGCGCUCGCCAGUCAGUCCGCGUCGACACUCCGAGAGAGGCACACCGAUGA